GUACUUUCGAAAAUACGCCGAGAGUAUUCCUGAUGGUGAAACGAGCGUUGCUUUAUCGAAUGCAGCUAAAGAAAACAACAUCUAUGUAGUUGGUGGUACGAUGCCUGAAAUAGAGGGCGAUAAAUUGUACAAUACCUGUACUAUUUGGGGUCCCGAUGGAACUUUGAUAGCAAAACACCGAAAGGUACAUCUAUUCGACAUCGACAUUCCUAAUAAGAUUACUUUUCGAGAGAGUGAUUCACUCAGUCCUGGUAACUCCCUAACGACGUUCGAUGUGAAGGGCUGCAAAAUAGGUAUUGGCAUAUGCUAUGAUAUUAGAUUCGAGGAAAUGGCACGCAUUUAUCGGAACAAAGGUUGCCAAAUGCUGAUAUAUCCAGCGGCAUUCAAUAUGACCACUGGACCACUGCACUGGUCAUUACUUCAGCGUUCCAGAGCGAAUGAUAAUCAAUUAUACGUUGCUUGCAUAUCACCGGCUCGUGUUCCUUCAGCAAGUUACGUCGCAUGGGGACAUACACAGUUGACCAAUCCCUGGGGAAAGAUUCUUUACGAUUUGGAAACUCAAGAGAAUAUGGCAGUCACCGAUAUCGAUCUAAAAGUUGUUGAGGAAGUAAGGGCUCAGAUACCUACAUUUUCUCAGAGACGUACAGAUUUGUACGACACUGUCUGUAAGAAGGAGUAACUCUACACUAAAACAGAAAAUGUUUUUUUAUAAUAUUUCUACUACAAUAUCCUUUUUUUGCGAAUUAUUACUAAUUUCUUAUCAUUUGUACUAAAUGAAUGACUCAAUUAAGAAAACCAAAACGUUAUAAAUAAUAAUCUGUAUAUCUUGUGUAUCAACAUGUAAUUGGAUAUUAUAAUAAUAUAGGAAUGCUAUAAUAAUAUAGGAUAAUAAUAUAGGAGAAUAGAAUAAUAAUAUAUAAUAAUAAUAUGCUUUUAAACACCUUUAA